AAGAAGAAGAAGAAAAAGAAGAGUUUGGUGUCGCUUGACCUGACCCGGAAGUAUUGCGUGAGGUGAACGAACCCGAUCUUGGCAGGUCUGUCCAGGACAAAAGUUGAAACAGUUGAGCUCUUUUAACCUGAAGACUUAUUUUCUGAGCGGAGACCGGCCGGGCGACUGCUGGUAGAGGGAAUGGGAUUAGAAGGAGAGGCACAGAGGUAGGAGAAACCCCGAGCUAACCACGCUUAGCGAGGCUGGUCAGGAAGACUCCCAGUUGAUGAGUGUGGUCUCAGGUGAAGUUGUCCAAGUUAAAGGUCUGCAGUGUUCUCUGUGCUGCCCCCCAGUUCCCGAUAGCUUGAGCCUGGACCAUGCCAGUCCUGGCCAUGGCACAGCCUGCGAUGGAUCACCAGAGGCGCUUUCAGGCAGCAGUGGAUGUCAUUCAUAAUCUCCCCAAAAACGCAGGUUCCUACAGGCCGUCUUAUGAGGUGAUGCUACGUUUCUACAGUCUCUACAAGCAGGCAGUGUGUGGACCAUGUACAGUUCCUCGGCCCGGCUUCUGGGACCCAGUGGGCCGCUACAAAUGGGAUGCGUGGAGCCGCCUUGGGGAGAUGAGUCAGGAAAGUGCCAUGGCAGCAUAUGUGGAAGAGAUGAAGAAAGUAGCACAAGAGGUCCUCCACACCAUGCCUAUGGAUGAAAAAACGGCGCAGUUCUUCCACCAUUUCGAGCCUCUAUACAGGGUCAUUGAUGACAUGCCCCGGCCUCCAGCAUCACUGCUCAACCUCACUGAAGGUGCUAAAGACAAUCAGCAGGUUGACACUCCAACAGACUUGAAGAUUAAAGGUGAGCAGCAGGAGCCAUCUCAGAAGUGUUUAAAGCCCUCUGAUCCAGACGCAGAGCUGAAUAUGCCCGAUGAUGCCCACCUCCCCACCAGCAUUGUUCCUAAAGUCUGUGAUGGUGUGACCUUGAUCAGUGACUUGGAGAGUGAAAUCUUCUGUGACUCGGUGGAUUCAGUGGAGCAGCUGAGCAAUGUCAAGUCAUCUCCUGGUCAGGGGACUUACCUUGAAGGCCGCCUGGAGGGAAGACGGGUCGGUACCGGCCAAGGUGGGGAAGGAGCAGAUGAUGGGAAGUGUCAGGGUCCCCCCAGGAGAGGCCGUGACAGCGGGCAGGAAGGAUCGUACCAUAGCUGGAGAGAAC